AUGUACGUUAUGGGUGGCGAGAACGCUUCAGGGCACUGCACGAACGAUACGUGGAGGCUCAACUUGGAGACAUGCCAAUGGGCCAAGGUCGCCGCUAUCUUCUCGCCCACGCCGCGAAAGUUGCACAAAGCGGUGGUGUACGACGACAGUAUCUACAUCGUCGGUGGCAUUGACUCCAGCGGCAAAUCUCUCAACGACGUCUGGUUCUACGAAUCCGCGGCCUCGAUCUGGCUGGAGGUGAGAACGCAGGGCGACUUGCCCAGGCGUGGCAACCACACGGUGGUGGUCUACAAGAACUCCCUGUUCGUCUACGGCGGCAGAGACGGCGACAAGGACUACGACGACCUGUGGGAGCUCAAACUCUACUUGGGUGGCGCCGACUGGCAAAAGGUGGUGCUGAGCGAGCCCGCAUCGCCCACUGCCCGAAGCGGACACACCUGUGUGGUCCUCCGCGAUGCGAUGUACAUGCUCGGCGGCGGUCAUGAUGACGACGUCAACGCUGUCUACGAGUUCAGCUUCGACUACCGGAAGUGGUGUAAGAUCAUCACCACCGGCGAUCCCGUCAGCAAACUCGCCCGCCACACCAUGUCCGUCCGAGAUGAAUUUCUGUCCGAGGAGACAACUCUCGACGAUGAGUACGAGAAGUAUCCGCGCGCGGAAUGGGAGGGGAUCGUGCUGCGGCGCCACCCGGAGAUCCUCGAGCUGCGCGAGCGCGUGCGCCCGCUGACCGGUCUUCCCUCCUUCUCCCGCAUGGCCCGCUCUUCUCGAACGGAGAACCGAAACGCGUUGUCGCAUCGGGUGAUGCUGCAGCUGGUGAUGGAACACCUGGACAACGAGCAGCACAGCAAGACCGUGCAGGCCAUCCAGAAGGAGAGCAACCUCCUCUACGUGAAGCCGCCGGAGGCCGCGAAGGCGAAGGAGAGCCAGCUGGUGACGCUGCUGCGCCUCUCGCAGAUUCGCCUCCGCUCGCACUAUCUCACCACCAAAGACAUCUUUGCACCCGACUUGCCGAAGCCGUACGACGACGAGUUCGACAAGGAGGUGGAGGUGAUAGACCACCUGCCGGGGCGGGCCAAGGAGGAGGAGCAGGCCGACGUCAACGUGUGGGACGAGCCGCCGGACAGCCCCGAGAAGAACAUCGUCAAGGUGCUCAACAAGAACCAGAAGCUCGAGAUUCAAGCCGGCACGCUCAACAAGCUCAUCGAACAGCUCGUGCCCGACGCCGACAAGCCCCUCGACCUGGCCUAUAUCAAGAUCUUCGUCCACACACACCAGAGCUUCACGACGCCGCAGGCCUUCCUCAAGAAACUGGUGCAGCGGUACCAGGUGCCGGUGCCGAAGGGCAUGUCGCGCGAGGAGUACAAGAGCAAGGUGCAGCAGCCCAUGGCCAAGCGCGUGUGCAACGUCAUCAAGUACUGGGUCGAAAAGGGCUGGGGCGACUUCUCGGAUUCGAGGCUGCUCUAUCAGCUGAACGGCUUCAUCGACGGAUGUCUCGCACGCGACGGCUACCACCAGCUGGCCCACUCGCUCCGCGCCGCCAUCAACAAGAACAAGCUCUCCCACCGCAUGGACGAAAAGAUGUUCGUCAGCGAGCCGCCCGAGCCCAAGGCACGUGCGGGCAUGCGCUGUGUGCCGGUCAAGAUCUUCUCGACGAAGCUCACGACGAAGCAGAUCGACGAUGAGGAGAUCGCGCGGCAGCUCACCCUCAUGCACUUUGAGCUCUACCAGGCCAUCCAGCCCAGCGAAUUCCUCAACAAGUCCUGGCUCGAUCCUCACCUCCGAUUCAAGGCGCCCAAUGUGAUUGCGAUGAUGAAGGCCUACGAGGAGGUGUCGCUGUGGGUGGCCACCGAGAUCCUCACCCAGGACAAGGCCCGCCGACGAGUCAAGCUCAUCAAAAAGUUCAUCGACAUCGCCAAGCAUUUGAGGCAGCUCAACAACUUCCACAGCUUGUUCGCGGUGCUGGCGGGCCUCAACCUGCCGCCGGUCCAGUCCCUCAACCGCGCCUUUUCCGAAAUCCCCCUCCAGACCCAAAGCGCUCUGGCCUACAAGGAGAGCCUCCAGAAGUCUGUGGAUGAAGGCCACCUCCCUCUCCUUCCCUAUCUUGACGUGGUGUUGCGAGACAUCCUGCUCAUCGAGGACGGCAUUCCAUCGCGCACCAAGGUCCACAACCUCAUCAACUUCGAAAAGCGCGCCCGUCUCUUCUCCGUCAUCCAGAAGGUGCACGAGCACCAGCGACGGGUGUACAACCUGCAGCCGGUGCAUCAGGUGCGGGUGAUCCUCGAGGAGUCCAUCAACGCCCACAAGCCCCUCAAGGAGCUCGAGGCCAUCGCCUCCCGCCUCGACUCCUGA